AUGUUCAGCCAAGCUCUCCUUCUCCUCGCCGCCGCCCUCCCCCUCAUCUCCGCCGCCCCGGCUCCCAACCCCACCCUCGGCCAACGAGCUCCCGACGGCACCGCCGCCUCGCCACGAACCACCCACACCGUUGUGGCCGGCCGUCCCGGCUUGCGCUUCGAUCCGGAGAACGUCGUGGCCGAGGUCGGCUCGAUCGUGGAGUUCCACUUCCUGCAGCUGAACCACUCGGUGGCCGAGGCCUCCUUCGACUCGCCCUGCCAGCCUAAGGACGCCGGCGUCGCCGGGUCCUUCUUCUCGGGCUUCUUCCCCGUGCCGCGCAACGCCGACGGCAGCGCCAGCCAGUCCGGCGAGGUCUUCCAGAUCGAGGUGAGGGAUGCCGACCGGCCGAUCUGGUUCUACUGCGCGCAGAACACGGGGCGGCAUUGCCAGAGCGGCAUGGUCGGCGUGGUCAACCAGCGGUUUGACGAGGCUGAGAAGACGCUCGACGUGUUCAGGAGCAAGGCAGCGAUGGUGCAGGGCCCGUCGGGCGUGCAGCCGCUGGUGCAGGGUGGUUGGCGCGGGGCGAAUCCGAACCCGCUGGGUGGGUUCUAA